UUGUCCACAGUAAUUAACAGUAAUGAAACAAACUGGAAGCCAUCUGAUAAAAUUCCUCUCAUAACAAAGGAAAUAGAUUAUCUCAAAGCCGAAAUGAGAUCAUUCCUGCAAAGCAGUGACUUUGAUCUAGCAUCAAUAUUACAUGAAGGAAGGCAGCUUGCAGCAGAAAGCAAAGGUCUAGUAGAUGAAAUGGAAGUAUGUAAGCAAAAGAUAGAGCAGGAAACUAUGGCUGAAAUUCUCAAAUCGAUUGAAAACCACGAUAUGAUUGUUAAGGAACUAGAAUCUGUGAAUUUUACUCUAAACAUUAUUGGUGAUGUGCUCCAGUUGGGAAAGUAUGUUAAGGAAUUUGAUGUCGGCAGGGAAGUUCAAAGUUUUUCUAAAGCUGUGGAAGCAGUGUCUGAUCUGUUGGUAUAUAUUGAGAACCCCGCAGAAGGUGUCCAGCAGUUGCAACUUUUCGAAAGUACAAAGAAUACAGCACAGCUAAUCCUAGAUAACUUAGUUCAUGAUAUGUUUCAAGAAUGGGAUAGAAUGGUUGCUUAUACUAAUACGCCGGGACCUAAACAAAAUGUUAUUACUAUGACACUGACCUUGGAUAGUGAUCUAGUCACUUUAGAUGUACUAAGCGCGUUAUAUAAGUGCAAUAAGCUUAAAGAAAAAGUUUCUCAGUUUUCGCAGUUUCUCUUCAAAGAAGUCCUAGAACCAAUAAUACAUUACCACUGCACUGUACAUGCUGAAACAGACGAGUUGAUGAAUGUUACAAUCAAUUAUAAACAAAACUAUAAACCACCAUAUGAUGAGGUGAUUGCAAAUUUGCGUUUGCUGUUUCACUAUCUAAGCGACAGAUUAAAUAUACAAGUCGGUAGAACAGAGGAGACUAUUAUGACAAUGGUAGGAAGGCAGAUAAGUUCAGAAUUUAAAGAUGUAUUAGUCCAAGAUUGUUUAAUUGACACUAUACCAAAUAAUAUUAAUGAUCUACAAACAUAUGGCAAGAUCACUACAGAGAUACGAGAUUUCCAGCAUUUUCUAUUCAUAGUGAAAUUUUUUUCUGAUGACGAAUUCUCGAUACUCGAGUAUGUAAAUAAUAUUGAUGUUUUAUUUGCCAGUAGAUCGAGCCAGUACUUUUUAGAGACUGCUCGGUCCAUUAUGUUUAAAGAUUUGAGCCUUUCUAUGUCUAUAGGAGUAGAGAGCAUUCCAGAGAACCCUAAUAAUAAUGCUACUGCAGUUAAUGAUGAAACAACAGAACAAGCAUUAGAUGUACUUCAUAAAACUAUUCCAAAAAGUUUGUUUUACUUUCCACGGUGUAUGAUAUCAAAGUCAGCUCAGGAGAUCCUUGAUCUCGUAUACGUAGUGAUGGAACAGGCAGUGCAGUGUUCAGAUGUUGUAUGCAAGAAGCUUUAUAAUACAGCAAGAUUGAUUUUUGAACUUUAUGAUGCUGUUGUUCCAUAUCAUCAUGAAAACUAUCUUCAAAAUAUUCCACAGUAUGUUGCUCUGUUUCACAACAACUGUAUGUAUCUUGCACAUAACUUGCAAACUUUUGGGGAUAAAUGGUUGAACUUGAUGGAAGGUCGAGAGCUCGACUAUCCCAUCAGUUUUGUAGACCUCGUGCCAAAACUUCGCGAGCUCGGAUACCGACACCUCACUAUACACAUGCAGCAACAGAGAAAACAGAUUCUUGAUAAUAUACGGUCAUCGGAUCUGAACUGUAUUGUGGUAAAAGAUGUGCUCGGAGAUAAUGCAGAAGCAGCAAUAAGGCAAUGCCUGCGGCAAUUACAUCUCCUCAAGAAUGUUUGGAUAGGGGUAUUCCCAGGCAAUGUUUUCAUAAGACUGAUGGCAACAUUGGUCAACAUGUUUAUCGAGGAGCUAAUACACCGUGUGUGCACCGUGGAAGAUAUCUCAAUGGAAAUGGCGACCCAGUUAACAGAAAUGUAUACUCUUGUCGUACAGAAAACGCCCCAGCUUUUCCAGAAUCCAAUCGACGUGGAUACACAUGUCAAGUCGUGGUUGAAACUCCAAGAACUUAUAUUUGUAUUGGGCGGUUCACUUAAAGAUAUUGAGAACCAUUGGAAUGAUGGCAACGGACCUCUUGCUAAGCACUUCACCACAGAAGAACUGAGGAGUCUAAUUAAGGCAUUGUUCCAGAACACACAGUUUCGUGCAAAUUUGUUGUCUAAAAUUAAAUAA